GUGGUCUUACCCCUGGCACCGCCACUUCAAACCGGAAGACUGAGUGGUCCAGCAAGUUUCCACCUGGUCAGUUCGUCGCGGCACUGGUCCCGCUGGCAAUGAGCAGCUACAGAAACCGGUCAUACACCCCCAUUGCGACGUACAUCCAGGAGGAGCUUCUCUGCCACAUCGCCAUGAAGGCGACCUCGCGGGACCCCUCUGGCCGCAAGAGAGCCCGCUUGGUCAUAAAGGGCCUUCAAGCUGAGGUCGCAUGGCGGCAUUUUGUGCGGGAGACCAACAAGCUGGCAAAGCAAGGUCUGCUGGCAGAUCUGGAAGAUGACAAGGUGGCCUGGCACAGCUGCCCGCCAGCCCAGCGGGUCCUGGAGGAGGAGGACGACGCUGCCGCAGAGGAGGAGGCUGAGGAGGAAAAAAACAAGGACGACGAUUCCGUGGACUGGGGCGGUUCGGAGGAGUCACUGUCUGAGGCAGAAGGGCAUGCUGAGCCCGAUGAUGUAGAGCAGGAUGAGGCGUCUGAUGGUCUUACCUCAGACGAAGAAGCGCAAGAGGAUGCUGCGACUACGGCGCCUGCUCCGCCCAAGACAAGAUGGGAACGACUGAGAGACUUGGCCUUCAGUCAAAUUGAGGCAGCCAGAGACGAGAAUGGUCUCAGCCAAGAGGCUGUCAACCUGGUGCGGAGCGUUCCCGCGGCGGAGCCACUGCCCAGGGUGGCCCUGAACUUGAGGAUUUCUUGCUGCGUCGCCUGCUUCGCCCGUGGAUGGCAGCUCAGGAAAGCGCUGGCAGCAAAUAUUCUGCUCCAGCGAAGCCACAGCCAGAAUGUGCGUUUCUGCAUUUCUUUGUAUGAUGAUGCCGGCAACGAUGGGAAGGAGACAAGAGAUUUCAUCGAAGAAAAUUUCCAGGAAGAGCUGGCAAGCGGGUUCUUGGUGGUCCGCUUCAGCAGCGAUUUGCAGCAUUUUCAUUCCUCCGUUUGCAAGAACGCAGCUCACAAGCUGGCAUUGUUGGUGCCUUGGGGCCAAGGCUUUGUGUCCUCGGAUGGUCUUACCUCCUUGGACACGGACUGGACAAGGAAGCCGAAGACCUGGGCCGACGUGGCACCAGCGACAGCUGGCGGCACGGACACACGCAGGCACAUUUUGAUUAACGUGGACGCCGAUAACAUUUUGUCUGGCAAUUUUGUUGGCCUCGUUGCCAACAACAACCAAGUGUACGCUGGCAUUACGAGUGAGCCGGCGCAGAUUUUUGGUUUCCGCUGCGACAUUGACUUCUUUCAGCGGGUGAAGCACAAGGCGCCGGGCUGGGCCUAUCGACUCUCCUUCCAUCGCGGGUGGUCGAUCCCAAACGACAGAGACGAAAAAGUUGCUUUUUCCACUGCAAAGAGCAAGCACGCGGGCUGCCAUCUCGCGUGGUCGAUGCAAAAUGCAAAGAACAGGGACGUCAGCAAACAGCAGCUUCUUGACGAGCGGUGGUUCCGGAAUACGGACAGGAUUCCGGAAGCUAGCAAAGCGCUGCUGUUGCUGAAAGAUUUGGGUGGCCCCGACUUCUCCAGCUGCUCCUUGCUGGCUGCUGGAAGGAUCAGGGAUGGUCUUACCUCCCAGAUCAAAAAGGAACUUACCUCCGAAGUCUCUUCGAGUUCGGGAUUGACAGGCGAGAACCCUGCCAAGACAAGGGAGGUCGAUGAGGCGAUGGCAAUGGAGGUCGACCAGGUGCCGGAGCCCGUCCAAGCCAGGAAGGAGGAGGUCGAUGCGCCGAUGGAGUCCGCAGACGAGCCGGCUACAGCGAAGCCACGUCGAGCGGACGGGCCUACGGCUGGGAUGGUCUUACCUCCCAACCGGAACCGCGUCUACGUGGACAUUGUGACAUGUGGGGCGGCUAACCUGCAGUUCACCUUGGGCCCGGCCAGCGGCAGGAACAAGCUGCCAAAAGCCCUUUUUCAAAAAUGCAAAGCAAUGAGGCUGAGGGCAACUGCCCAAGGAGAGCGGACGGUGGACCAGAACCUACUUGUUGAUAUGUUGCGCGAGGUGGACCUUUUCCCGCGCGACAGCACGGAGCAUGUUGUGUUGGACACUCGGGUCUUCCACGACCCUUUCAGUUCAAACACCCUGCGGGACCACGUAGGCUACCACCCCGAGGUCAUGCGCAUGGUGUCGGAAUCGAAGCCGAACUGGUUCCACUUUUUAGUCCGCUUUGUGCGACGUGCGGUCCGUCUCGCGUCAGAAGCCGACGUCCCCGCGGGUCAGCGCAGGUCGGUCGCUGUCCUCUGCUUCUGUAAGAGCGGCAACCACCGCUCCGUGGCCAUGGCGUAUCUCCUCCAGCACGCCUUACAGCACUCCAGCCUCAUAGAGGCAGUUCAAUGUGCUCACGUGACCGAGAUGGCAGGGAACUGGGCAGACCGCCAGUGCGGACCCUGCGACAUUUGCCGUGGGCAACCAGACCAGGCCAACACGGCUCAUGAUGAUAUGGUGCGCCAGGCGAAACAUCGCGCCAGGAGUGCCUGGCAGCAUGCAUUCCAAAGCGCGUGA